AUGUACACACUAUCGGCCGGCAUUUGGGAGAAGUUCUUCAAGAAGAAAGACUAUUUUGUGGUCAUAGUUGGCCUCGAUAAUGCUGGGAAAACGGUGAGAACUUCUUCCUAUGGAAAUUUUUUAGAAAAAUAUUUUCAGACAUUUUUGGAGCAAACAAAGGCACACUUUGUCAAGGACUACGGAGUUCUGAAUCCGUCCAAAAUCACAGCAACAGUAGGACUGAAUAGUAAACUGAAAACCAUAAUCCAUCAAUAAAAUGUAUUUGCAGCUGGAAAAGUCGAACUGAACAAUACUUGUCUAAACUUCUGGGAUCUCGGCGGACAGGAGAGUCUUCGGGAGCUCUGGGCCACGUAUUUUGACGAUGCGAGUGCUCUGAUAUUUGUCGUAGAUGCCACUAGAAGUGACCUCUUCCCCACAGUUGCCUCUCUUUUCAGUAAGUGCCAAAGUGCUUGUUUGUGAGUUUAAUAAAGUCGCUUCAGAAGAAGUAAUGUCCAAUGAAAUAGUGCAGAAUCUUCCCGUUCUUGUGGCAGUGAAUAAAAGUGAAAUGGAAGGAGCAGCAGCAGCCGCUGAAGUGAGCUUCAAACAAAAAAUAAUCAGAAAAAGCCAGAACUUUCUCAGGUGCGCAUGUUACUGGAGGACGACAAUCACCGUUCCGACCUGGCGGUUCUUCCGGUUUCUGCUCUGGAAGGCACAAACAUCGAGCGUUGUGUUCAUUGGAUCGUCCGAUCUCUCGCCAGUCAGCCGUUGUAUCUCUAA